AUGUCUUUCCGUCUAAAGCACAAGAAAUCCUCAUCAGAAACCUUUGGCCUAAAGAAUCCACUGUUGAGCACUCUCAAAAGACCCAGGCCGUCUCUAGAACCGCUUAAAGACAGGAAACUAUCGACAGGCGGCAAAGCCGACAUUGAAGUUGUCGUAGGAAUAGACUUUGGGGCUACUUUCAGUGGAUUUGCGUACUCGUCAUUACGAAAUCCGGAAGAGAUAGAAACAAAUACUGACUGGCCAGAAACAAAGGGACUGUUCAAAACACCCACCGCUUUGCAAUACGACUCCUCAUAUACUCCCAUCUAUUGGGGUCAACCUGCAUUGACUAAUAAUACACGGCGACGACGAAAGAAUGAGGCUGAUUCCCAGAAACCAGUAGAGUUAUUCAAGCUGCAUUUGAGUGUAGUUGAUGAUGACGACAAACCAGUACUGCCUCGGGGAUUGGGAUUUGAGAAGGUCAUUACUGAUUAUUUGGCAGAGCUUGGAAAGCUCAUGAAAUCAACCCUCGCAUCUCACUGGCCACAUUUAGAUUACCAAACACAAGUUCUAAAGGUCCUCUCUAUUCCUGCAGAGUAUGGUGCUUCUCAGUUAGCAAUAAUGCGAUCUUGUGCUUAUAAGUCUGGACUGAUUGACUCGACGAAUUCGAAUAUGUUAGAGUUUAUUAGUGAACCAGAGUCUGCGGCUAUUUAUUGUAUGAAAAAUAUCGAACAACAUGGACUGAAAGUUGGUGACCUCUUCACAAUAGUCGAUUGUGGAGGUGGAACGACCGACCUAACAACUCGACGGCUGCUUUCAAACAGUUGUCUUUCAGAAGUAACCUUGCAACGCGGAGCACUCUGUGGUUCGUCGUACAUAGAUAUCGAAUUUCACUCUUUCCUAGCCCGCAAGCUUGGUUACCGCGCCGUGCAACGUCUUCGUGAAAACCAUUACGGAGCCUUACAAUACCUAACUCAGCAGUUCUUUAUCAAAAAGAUAAAAAUUCCAUUCAAGGGUGUCCGUUCCGAAUUUCGUCCGAUCGAUUUGGAUUUGGAAGAGCUGUGCCCAGAAGUCAAACAAUAUGUCACGGGAAUAGAACGCGACUUAAUGGAACAAGAUGAUUGGUUAAUCGAUGUAGAGUUUGACACAGUUAAAGAAAUGUUUGAUAAAGUUAUCGAACAAAUAUUAGAGUUGAUCGAAGAACAGUUGAAUAUGGCACCAAAGGAUGUCAAGGCAAUUUUUUUGGUUGGUGGAUUUGGGGAGAAUUACUACUUGCUUCGUAGAGUAAGAGAGAAAUUUGAAGAAAAGGUGAAACUUAUUGCAACGCCACUACAGCCAAGCGCGGCUGUUGUACGGGGGAACGUGUAUUAUGGUCUUCGAACGCAUAUGAUCCUGACUCGCGUUUUGAAACACACGUAUGGCGUCGAGAUUUCUCGCAAGGCCAAAAAGUCUGACCCAUCCGAUCGCAUUCUGCCCGAUGGAAGCGUUCAUGUCUUUCAUAAGCUCGCUGAACGCGGGAUGGAAGUCAGAGUGGAUCAGGAGUUUACUUACGAAGCUGCGCCUGUGUGUGAUGUCCAGGAAAAAAUGAAGUUUGAUGUGUUCAGGACGACCGAGAAUAAUGCAAACUAUUGUAAUGAAUUAGGGAUGAAGAAAGUUGGCGGUUUAGUUAUCGAUUUACCUGAUCUUCACCUUGGUCUGAAGCGUAUAGUUCGCUUCUCACUCACAUUUGGAGGGACUGAAAUACACGCAAGCGCGAAAAACAAAAAGACAGGACAG